AUGUGUGGGCUGACGAUAAAUUUCAAAGUCAUUGCUCUCAAUCAACAUGAAAGAGCAAGACAGAAAAAUGUUCAUGCAAAUUUCGUUACAACAUUUCACAACGUUUAUGGUAUAGUGGAAAAGACAAACUGCGAUAUGUGUCAACAUGUGUGGAAGGAAUUUCCAAUAACUCGUAACAAAAAUGUGAAAGAAAAGUUUUCUGCUGCUUAUUUUUCUCAUUUUUACGGUUUGUGGGAAAUAAAGUGA